CUGGAGUAGAAGCGACAGGCGCGCUCAUCUCGGUGGGACUGAACACAUCGGGGAAAAGAUCACCCGGUUUGUGUCCGUCAGGAGCCUCAGACCGCGAGGAACCAUGCUCAGAUCGAGUCUCUCCGCUGGCAGCAGGACUUAAAAAUCUGCGGUCCAUCCAUCUGGACACUUUUUACAUUUACUCUCGUCCCUUCGCCUUUGAUAAGGAAAACAAGAAUCCAGGCAGUCAUCUUCCAGCUUACAUCCCUCUUUGGGUAGGCUAUUUAACCCCAGUUUGACGGCCACUCGGGGUUUCGUUAAAGCACAAUGUGGAAGACCGGGAUCCCUCUGCUGCUGUGGGUGCUUUUGGCAUCCGGCGAACUCCAGCAAGAGACGGAGCCGCGGAGACUCCCGCCCCCGGGAAAGUUGGAUUUCGGUUAUGUGCCUGCGGGAGUUUACGAGACACUGGCCCAUUACGAACCGGGACCGAUAGGGAUCCUGUUCCACAUGGUGCACGCUUUUCUGUAUGUCGUGCAACCCAACGCUUUCCCCCAAGAUCUUAUUGUCAAACUGGCAAAGGACAAGUUUGGAGCCAUUCACACGGAAUACCAAAAGGCCAUCUACUAUGAGAUAGGCUUCUUAGUAUGUGCGGCAGUGGGCCUGCUGUUCGCUGUUCUGAUGCCGAUAGUCGGCCUCUUCUUCUGCAUGUGCCGCUGCUGUGACAACUGCGGUGGCGAGAUGCACCAACGCCAGAGGAAGAACGCAGACUGCCGGCGUGGCCUGCUGGGAACAUUGCUCUUCUCCACCUCACUGGUCAUCACGAUCGGAGUGCUGUGUGCAUAUGCUGCCAACCAGAACCUGAGCUCUCAGGUGAAGAACAUACGGAGAUUGGUCAACAGUAACAUGAGGGACCUGCACACCUUCGCUAAUGACACGCCAAUGCAAAUUGAUUACCUAAUAUCCCAAUAUGCCACAGCAAAGAACAAAGUCAUCUAUGACCUAGAUAAUAUAGGUCCAUUAUUGGGAGGAAGGAUACAUGAUCAGUUGGAUAAGGAGGUCCAUCCUGCCUUGGACAGAGUUCUCAAUAUGGCUGCAGCCAUGCGAGAAACCAAGGAAGCCCUGGAGAACGUCAAUGUGGGUCUGGAGGUCCUCCAGGAAGGAACAGGGAAACUCAACUUCAACCUGAGUCUGGUCCGGAGCAACAUCAACCGCACCCUCAACGACCCAGGUUGUCAUGACGAGGAGUCAGACGCCACCUCUGCCCAGCUGUGCCGCAACAUCCGACAGUCACUGUCCCAGCUGCAGAUCAGUGCCAACUUCACACGGCUAUCCAACGUGAACGCUCAGCUGGAAAAGGUGAACAACGUCUUGAGAACAGACCUCAGUGCUAUCGUCCAGAGGGGUUUUUCCUCUUUGAAUGACACACCACAUAUGGUGAUUGAACAGACCAGAAGUGUUGUGGACAGUGUACAGAGUUUAGUGGACGGCAUUGGCAAUAACAUCAGCAGCUUUUCCAAAGUAUUCCCUGUUCAGAGUUGCCUGUCCAACUUCACCAUCUUCAUUAGCCAUGCCCAUGCCAAGAUUGAGGACUACUACCCUGAGAUUGACAAAAUGGACUUCUACAGGUGGAUUGGCUGUAUUGCUCUUUGCUGCAUGGUGGUCCUGGUCCUGGCCUUUAACUACCUGGGCCUGCUGUGCGGCACCCUGGGAUACGACAAGCAUGCCUCACCUACGACACGAGGCUGCAUCUCGAAUACAGGCGGAACAAUGCUCAUGGCCGGCGUUGGAUUUAGCUUCAUCUUCUCCUGGGUGUUGAUGGGAGUGGUGACCGUUAUCUUCCUGGCUGGAGGAAACAUGGAGAAACUUGUUUGUGAACCCUUCCACACCAAAGAAGUCUUCAAGGUCGUGGACAACCCAUAUCUGGUCAACCCAGAGUGGAAGAACUUCAUCCCUGGCUACAUGUACAACGAUUCCAACCUGGAGCUGACAGCAGAGAGCUUGUACAGUACUUGCAAAGAGAACAAAGGCAUCUACUCAGCCAUGCGUCUGGACAAGGUCUUUAACAUCUCCUCUUUCCUGAACACUACAGUGUUUACUAAGGAUGUGGUGAGUCAGCUGGACAGUGUCAAGAUCGACCUGAGGGGAAUAAUCCUGUUAGAGGCAGAGGGCAAGCAGAACCUCCUGGAUUUCUCUGAAGCCGGGCUGUCAGAAAUCAACUAUGCAGACUACCUGGAAGAGGUCAACAAAGGAGUCACUGUGGUGGACCUGAUCUCAUUUGCCAGAGAACUGGAGGCACAGACAGACCUCAUUCCCAGAGGUGUUCUGAAGACUUCUCUGAAAGGCCACGUCGGCACUCUGCGGCAGAUCCAUAGUCAACAGAUCAUCCCCAUGGAGCAGGCCAUGAGUGCACUGAACCAGAGUAUGAGGUUCCUGGAGAGAACAGCCUCAGACCUGCCAAACAAAGUUUUAGCAGUUCUUGAUGCCAUUGAUGCUGCCCAGUACCUCAUCUCCCAGAAUGCUACACAUUUAAUAAUUCGGGAAACAGGAAAAUUCACAGCGACUAUUGUUGGCUACUUCCAUCAAUACAUAGAAUGGGUCAAAACAUCUCUGGCCAUGGAGGUCGCACCGUGCAAGCCCUUCAGCAACAUGGUGGACACGACGGAAAUCAUUACUUGCAGUUUCUUGGUCGACUCCAUGAACACAUUCUGGAUGGGCCUUGGCUGCAGCACUCUCUUCCUGCUCCCAAGCAUCAUCCUAGCAGUUAAACUAGCCAAGCAUUACCGCAGGAUGGAAACAGAGGAUGUUUACGAUGACAUUGAGACAAUUCCCAUGAAAACUAUGGAAAUUGGUAAUAAUGGUUAUCAUAGUGAGCUCUCACAAGGUAUUCCAAAUCCUAUGAUGACAAGCAUCAAUCUGAGCCAGACUUGUUCUGCAUUUUUUUCAAAGGACUGCUGUGUCUGCGUUUACAUUUGUUCAGACACAAAACCAAGCUGAAAAUGCAUUCAGCAAGAGGACAUGACAAUAACUGGGAUGUCAUUUUAAUGUACUUGUUUGUGCUUAAGAAGACAGCAACUGAAAGGUCACCCAAAGGUUGUGGCAAGCUGCUAGAGGAAAUGUUUUCUCCUGCAUUUCGAAUGGAUGUAUCACAUUCAACACAAGCUAAUGUUAAAAGUGGAACAGUCUGUCAAUACAACUGUGAGGAAAGUGUUUUGUUGAAAAUAGCACCUCCCUUUUUAACUACAGCAUGUGUGAAUUGGUGGGUGUGUGCUUAAUGACUGAGAACUGGAUGAUUUUAACAAAGUGGGUUUAAAAAAUGAAACGGCUUGUUCCCAGGUAGAUGUUUGUCAUUAAUAUGAAGAAAUUAAGCAUGACUUUUUAAAAUGUUUACAAUAUUACAAAACAUCCAGAGUUUGACUGGUUUGGGGAAAAUUGCAAAUGACUGGUUGCCUUUCUGAAGUAUGUGUUACCCUGGCAUUUUGACAGAUGUGCUUCUUCUCAAAGGGAAAAUCCACCCAUAGAUGCUCUUACACUGUUAAAAAUCACCAAUCUAUGAUUUUCGAUGUGUACAUGGAAUUAUUUUGUGGUAUCGUUUUUAAAACGUACUCUUUACUUUUGCUUGUCAUUUAACUGUGUGCCAGGUCUUCAUUUCCUUUAUUUCCCAGAAUGCCUUUAAACAAAAAUAUUAUAAACAAAAGACAAAUAUUCAUAACAUGGCUUGUUAUUGCAUUUUGGUUUAGUAAGGCAGAUGUCAGUUUGUAUUCUAAAUACAUUUUAGGCCAGUGGUUCCCAUAUAUCUUGUCUAGUCACCCUUUAAAAUUAAUCAAUUUAUAGUUGGAGCUCCUCCUUACAGGUUAUAUAUCUCACUGAGUGGUUUGACCAAAGAGUGAUUUUCUCUGCACAGCCUGGUUUAUUUAAAUAUUUUUUAAAUCCGAAAAAGAUAUCCAAUUUAAGAAAUAUCAUAAACAUUAGACCCCUCAGAUUUAUCUUGGGACCAUUUAGGGAGCAUCACCCCCAGGUUGGGUACCACUGUCUCCAUUGUAGAUGUACUGGAAAUAUCUAACCACGACAUCCUGCCAUCAAUGUUUGGCCGUUAAUCACAGGAGUACCAACAAAAACAAACAACAAAAUCUAUUUCAAAAAAUGCAUCGCAACAUUUGAACACACCAACAACGAAAGGAUUUUAGGGUGGAUUUUCCCUUUCACAUUAGAAAAUCAGAACAUCUGUCCUUAAUACAUCACACACUAUUACAAAAGUGUCGGGUUUAUAUUUUUCCCUAGGUGAUGAAUAGAUUAACAACACAAGCUAUCAUGUUGAGUUCACUAACAUGACAUUUUUAUUGAUAUCGUUCUUGCUUUCCCAGUGAUGAUACUUUUUAAAGUGGAGAAAUACUUUCUCAAGCCAAAUUAUUCUUUUUUACUGUAGGUCUCAGGUCUUUAGUAGUCUAGCAAGUAUGUGCUUAUUUUGUUUCUGCUUUUUAAAACCCCACAGUAGCUAUGGAUACAUUCAAAAAAUAUAAAACGAGUGAAUGUAUUCAAGAGCUAUUUUUUAUUUUGUAUUUCUUGAAAUAUGCUGAACUCUAUCACUAACGCAUUGGACAAGCCAAUCCAGUUUUCCACCCACCUCACCUCCAUGUUUACAGGUUAGAUUUGCAGCUGCUGUCAGCGUCUGAUUGGCGUAGUAAUGAUGGGGAUAAGUUAGACAAUCCAGUGAGUGCAGUCAAUCAAAUAGUAGAAAACCAGUAGAAUGCUUUAAGGUUUACACAGUUGAUGGUGUUGAUGCACACUGAAAAUAGUAAUGUCCAUCUUAACAUUGAAAUUGUUAACAUUGUCUCUGAAUACGCUUUAACAGUACUAAAGUGUUUGAUCCCCUGCCAACCGCAUCAAAGCUGUGUCACUUGACCCAACAAUACUGAUUAACAUUGAAAACUACAAACAAUAUUUGAUCUGAUGUACAUGAUUCUCUUUUUAAUUACCAUUUUUAAUUGGAUCAAAAGGAAUAACCCAUAGUUUUCAUAAUUUUAGAUACAUGUUUGCAAUACUGAUCCAGGCUAGCUAGUAGCUAAUGCUAGAAAGCUCGCUAGCUAACUUUCUUGUUCUACAUACAGUAGCUCAUAUACUAGUACAUAUACAGUACUGUAUCCUACAGUAUAUGUAGCAAUAGUAGCUAUACAAGCAGUGCGUAGUAGGCCUAUAUACUGCAUACCAGGAAAAAAAGUUAGCAUAAGAUAUUAGUUGACAGUGUUUACUUGUUUCAUUUCAGUACCCAGUUUCUUGUUAAGAUGGACAUUUUUAAAGUAUCUGUGUGCUCACUUUGACAGGACUAUCAGUGGUUUUCUUGUCUGCUAGAGUCUGGAUGUGACCCAUCUUGGGAGAAAAAUUGUACGAUUUUACUAAGUGCUUAAACUAGACAUCGUGUAUCCAAACCCUGGAUGGAUGUGUCAGGAAAGAUACAUUGGUAACUGGUUUUAAAAUAUGCUCCAAAGUUGGGCACAGAUGGAAGAGGAACAUAUUAUGUGAUGGUGAAAAAAGAGUGUAUAAAUUGUGAAUAAACUUUGAAAUUCAAUUUAUUGUCA